UCCAUUUUAUUUAUCACAUGAUUAUCCUAGUAGCUACAUUGAAGAAUGGAUAGAGUUUACAACAAAGAGUGUGUCCUAUUCAUAUGGUGGUGACAUUCUUGAGUACAUGUCUGGGAUUGAUUUAUCUUGUAACAGGUUAACUGGGCAAAUCCCACUCGAAAUGGGAAAUUUAAGUGAAAUCCAUUCGUUAAACUUAUCUCACAAUAACUUGGUCGGAGUUAUACCUUCAUCAUUUUCACAACUUAAGCAAAUUGAGAGUUUGGACCUUUCUUACAACAACUUGAGUGGUAGAAUCCCUAUACAGUUGGUUGAGUUGAACUUUCUAGAGGUUUUCAGCGUGGCACAUAACAACUUGUCAGGUAGUACUCCAGAACCAAAAGCUCAGUUUGGGACCUUUAAUGAAAGCAGUUACGAAGGAAACCCUCUUCUCUGUGGGCCUCCAUUGCAAAAUAACUGCUCAAAAACUGAGUCACCACCAACAGUACCAACUACAAUAGACAAUGAAGGAGAAGGUAGUUUCAUGGACAUAUAUGUUUUUUGUGUGAGCUUUCUGGUUUCAUAUGUAAUUGUUUUAUUGGGAAUUUUUGUUGUUCUAUACAUAAAUCCAUAUUGGCGACAAGUAUGGUUUUCUUUCAUCGAGAGUUGCAUCACUACUUGUCGCUACUCAGUUGUGGGCAAUUUUCUUGAGUUAUACAUCUUCAAAAGAUGUGCUUAGGUGUCAUGGGAGCUCUUGUGAUUUGCCUUUUGUUUGAAUGUGGUGAAGAUUUGGAUGAAGUUGAUUUUUGUUAUCAAAAGAAGUUUGGUGAUUUGAUCUUUUAAAUGAGGGAUUUCUUUUAGCACACUGUUCUUCUAAGAUGGUUGUAGGACGAGUUGUGGAUUUGGUUACUCAUAUUGCUUAGAAAGAGUCCUUUGAUGAUUUUGCACUUUCAACAGAGCUUUUUGUCUCUGUCGGAACUCUGUUUUUGGUAUUCGUUUU